AUGAACAUCUCCUCCUGCCCCAUCACCUAUUUUGGACAAAGAUAUGAAAAGAUCUUCGUUAGUAGUGAUGCUAACAAAUUAGCAUUUUGCUUCAAUGGUUUAUACUCCCCUGAAGUUCAAAAUGACUGUAUCCUGAUGUCUGGAGGGACAGCUGACAGAGGUUUCCUGCAAGUUCUUACCAAAGAAAUACCCAUUGGAUCUGGGAUUCAUAAACUUCUGCCAAUCCUGAAUCGCCCUGGCAAAUGUGUCAAUGUGAUCCCUUUGAAGGACAAUCAAGAAUCGGACAUAAAACAAGUUGAACUCGGCAACUUUGGGGCACAAGCAAUUCUAGCCAUCAAGACCUAUUCUGGCUACACAAAUGCUGAUGUUGUGGCAGAUUCCCAAGUAGAUGGCAAAACCAUUUCUAAACAGAAAUUUAUGACAUCUGAUACAAAUUCUGGUGUCGUCACUGAUGUGAGUGGAUGCAGACUCUCCGGUAUGGUUUAUAGGACAAACACAUCAACAUCAGACCCCAAAACCUGCUCUACUGUGAUCUGUGAUGUGGAGGGAGUUGCCUCUGUGUACAGUAAAUGUGGUCCUAUGGAGCACUGCAAGGGUGAUGGGAGUUGUGUCCCAAUCAACAUGUGCACCGUGGUUGGCUCUGCUGUUAUCGGUGUUGAUGGAAAAGUCCAAACUGUCCCAGAUAGGUGUGGAUACACUCUGUUGAGCCCUGCAUCUUUCCCAGGGCUCAAGGUGCAUGGAGUGUUUCAGGAACAACGCCGCAAAGAUGUCAGCUUUUUAAAAGAUGUGAUACUGAGUCUGGAUCAAGCCGGUGUUAAGAUUUCCCUAGAACAAGGUGGCAGAGUCAUGAUGAAUGGUGAAGAGUUAAAGCUCAACGCAACUGCUCUGGUGUUCAAUGGUGUGGAGCUCUCCAAGGAUGAAAGAGGAGUAACUGCUAAAAUAUUAGCCUCCAACAGCAUGGUUUCAGUCUUCUUUGAUGGCAACAAAGUGCUACUCCAUACAUCGGAACCCAAAGCCACCAUCCAAGGUUUGUGUGGAGAAUCCAGCGGGCCUCUUGGUGGAGAAAAAGUUGCAGAAUACAGUUCUAGAGGGUGUGACAUGAAGCAUGAGGACACUGCUGAUGGUACUAUAAACUGUGAUGCCCAAACUAAAUGGUGCAAUCUCCUGAAGCAGGCUCCCUUCACAGCUUGUCACAACAUCAUCAACCCAGAGCCCUUUAUAAGUGCCUGUACAGACAAUCUGUGCAAAUACCCAGCAGUGGAUGGAGUGAGUUGUAUGUUUCUGGAGGCCUAUGCCAUGGCCUGUGGCCAUCAUGGAAAAGUCAAGAUGGAGGACUGGAGGACAAAGACGAGAUGCUAUGCUCAGCCCUCCUGUCAGGACAAGUUCUGCAGUGAUCACGAGUUCUGUGGACAGAAGUUCAUCGGUGGGCAACCCCAGUGCCUGUGUCGCGCCAUUUUUGCUUCCAAGUACAGGUCCGAAAGCACUUAUGGAGAGCCUACUGUCUGUGAACACAAGGGGGCUUCAGUAACGCUGGCUAAAUGUCUCUUGGAGGAACAUGGCAUAGACUACUCUGUUCUACACCUAAAUGACCAGGCCUGCAAAGGCAAAAUUGAGCCAGAGACUCAUAUGGUGACAUUCAGCUUCAACAGCAGCAGAACUUGUGGCACAGUGGCCAAGGUGAAUGGCAGCAAAAUCAUCUACAAGAACACUAUCACGACACAGAGCAUCUCCACAGCUGGUCCAAUUUACCGUCACGACCAAGUGCACAUUGACUUCUCCUGUUACUACAAUCAGCCGGAUAUAAAAACCAUGGGCUUCAAACUUAAACACAGUUCUGUGGAGCAGAAGAUUACUUCUGGAGCUUGGAGUUACAAUCUGACAAUGAAGGCCUAUACCGAUCCUGCACGUUUGGGAGCCAUUGACUCAAAUACUGAUCUCUCACUCAAUGAGAGAAUCUGGGUGGAGCUUAAGACAGAAGGGCUGGAUGAAACUUUAGUCCAUGUGGUGACUGACUCAUGCUGGGCUACCGAUCAGCCUUCACCAGCGGGAAACCUGAAAUAUGACCUGGUUAUCAAAGGCUGCCCUAAUCCUGCUGAUGAGACGGUGAGAGUGGAGAACAAUGGAAUGGGAACAGACAGUGUUUUCUCUUUCAACACGUUCCAGUUCACGGCAAAGAAUAGCGAUGUCUACUUGCACUGCAAAGUACAGCUUUGUGUUAAGCAAGGACACGACUGUGUACCGAAAUGCACCCAAUCUGGAAGAUGGCGUAGAUCUAUCAUGCCAAGUUAUGAAGAUGAGAACCCUGCCUUCAUUACCAUGGCCUGGACAUCUUAA